CGGCAACGCCGAAACGAAAUCGGAGCCCGACAAAGCCCAGCGCAAAGGAGCCAGCCGCAGAAAAGGAGAAGCCGAAGGUGGACAUACAAGGAGUAAUAUUUGAGCAUUUGUGCCUGCCGUCAAGGCGGGACAAAGAUCAAGAUUCUUGUUACUGCUAGAGCGACCGCUUUUUGUUUCAUCUGUUUUUCUAGGUCACGUGCCGUUGUGGCUUCUACUUCUACCCAAUGACCUUCAGCUAUUUCGCAUGUUAACAUGAGCUUCAAACUAUUAUGCCUUUUGUGCAUGAAUCGGAACUCCCGUUUCGAACUAUCCGGAAGAUAAAGAUAAUCUUUUUCACCUUGCUUCACAGGUGGUAUCUUCGGCAGGAAGUAGUGCGGUCAUCGUAAAGAGCGGCAUUUCACCGAAAGUGCUGGUUGCAAUAAUCGUCGUUCUAGCAGGGAUCGUAGUCGGGGCAAUGUUUUCUGGCGCAGUAGAGCUUGCAGUGAAAGUGCCGAAGUCUGGAAAGCUGCUGUGGUCGAAUGUGAGUAUUGACUCUCCACACCUCUUUACAGCGCUAUGUCUAUCACGAACUGGUUGCUGCUGCUCGAUUGGUUUCAAAAAGAUUUUGAUUGUAUCUGGCACAGAUUAUUUCGAUCGAAAAUUCAUUGUCACCGACUGACGUGGAAAGGGAUGACCUUUUCACUUCUGUAUUUCAGAAUCCGUCACACCCGGGGCUGGGUCGUCUAUGCGAAUGACGAAAGCCGACGCUGGAUCACCGCAAGCAAAUGUCGACACUUCUGCGCUGGUCGGCCUAAAGGCUCAACUAGCCGAGGAAAAGAAAAUAUCCUCGAAGGCAAGGGACGCAGCAGAGGCAGCCGAAAAUCACGCAAAGCAGCUUGCAGACCAGUACGCGAAGGAGAAAGCGGAGACUGCGGAAGUGGUCCGGCACCUUCAAGCACAAGUAGCGUCAGCGAAAAGCACGUCGGCCGCAGCACCUACACCUGCAGCAACAGUACCACAAGGACAGGUGAGCGCUUUUUUGACAGUCAUGGUAAUCAUUGAGUGUUGGUGUACUAGAGUCGGGAAAUGAAGACCGGGCACGCAUCUCAUGCAUGAUUAGGUCUUUUUCAGUAUAUCUAUCCGCAGUAAGAAAAUUUGGAAGAUAUUCAGAAAAUUUGGAAGAUAUUCGUCUUUGUUUUGUGACUCUCGCAAAAAAAAUUGUUGUAGGCUGCCCUGAUCGGCAUCAAAAAUAUGCGAUUGCUCGAGAAGGACCCAGAUAUGAACGUCGUGGCUGCAGUUUGGAACUGGUCUUGGAUCCUAGGCAAGAUGGGCGAAGCGGUAAGCGCGCUAGGACCGCAAGCCCCGCCACAGGCCAUGGAAUAUGUACAGCAAAUGCAAGCACAGGCAGGGCAAGUUGGAGGUGUCCCCACAAGAGAAAACUACGAGAUGUUCGUCGCAAACGCCUACCAGGUAGUCUUUCUUGGAACGAGGGUCUGGUUGAUAUUGUAAGAACAACAAUUGAGUGAUUACAGAUUUUCUGUUGCCAGAGUCUGUUUCUCUUAUGCGAAAAUCCUUCUGCCCAUCUUUUCCAAAGGUCGCUACGGCCCUGGCUGGUAUUCUCGAUGGUGGUGCUAAGGUUCCGCUUCACACCGCGUACCUUGCCGCGCCGCUUCGAGCUGAGCUUUGCAUCAGCGCGAGCUGUUUGUGAGGGGGGAUGAGCUCCCCGGCGAACCUCACCUGUCAACAGGGAGCAUGUAGUGGUAGUCGAAAGAAUACUAAGUAAUCUUGAGUUUGGCUGCGCCAUAUGAUUAUCUGCUGGCGCACCAUCAAAUGCAGUGAAGCACACACACGGUCCAAGCAACUAUCAUUUUUCGAAUUCGAUUCCCAUUGCAGAGCAAUUAUUCUAGAGCAACGGACCGUUGUUUCCACGAUAACGCACACACACAAAGAAUAGCGAUAAUCAUGUCGACGCCGAAAAUGCCACAAUGCUAAGUCUUGUGCAUGUCAAAGAAAAUGAGAUAGUAAAGUCAUUACAUUGGGCAUGACACGCAGUGUUGGCAGUUGACGCUUCGAUACUCAGCCGUCCACAGGCCUCUUAGCUAGGUGUAUCGACCUUAAAACUACUCCGCGCCACCACCUCGUCCUCUUUAUUUUUUUGUCGAAGAGUUUAUCUUGCAGACGGCUCUCGUGAAUUUCUUUGUUUUGAUUGAAGGAUCGCACGUUGUUGG